AUGCAGCGCGCAUUGACAAGGGCGUCGGUCUCGUCGUCUCUGACGGCCGCGGCUCGCCUCCGCCCGACCCAGCAGCUCCGGUUCGCACACAAGGACCUCAAGUUCGGCGUCGAGGCCCGCGCAUCUCUCCUUGCAGGCGUCGAGACCCUCGCAAAGGCAGUAGCCACCACCCUCGGACCCAAGGGCCGCAAUGUCCUGAUCGAGUCCAGCUAUGGCUCCCCCAAGAUCACAAAGGAUGGUGUCACGGUUGCCCGCGCCAUCGCCCUCAAGGACAAGUUCGAGAACCUCGGCGCCAAGCUCCUGCAGGAUGUCGCCUCCAAGACCAACGAGGUCGCCGGCGACGGCACCACCACUGCCACGGUCCUCGCCCGGGCCAUCUUCUCCGAGACGGUCAAGAACGUUGCUGCCGGCUGCAACCCUAUGGACCUCCGCCGCGGCAUCCAGGCUGCUGUUGACUCGGUUGUCGAGUACCUCCAGAAGCAGAAGCGCGACAUCACCACAAGCGAGGAGAUUGCCCAAGUGGCCACCAUCAGCGCCAACGGUGACGAGCACAUCGGCAAGCUGAUUGCCAGCGCCAUGGAGAAGGUCGGCAAGGAGGGUGUUAUCACGGUCAAGGAGGGCAAGACGAUGAACGACGAGCUCGAGAUCACAGAGGGCAUGCGCUUCGACCGCGGCUUCGUCUCCCCCUACUUCAUCACCGACACAAAGUCCCACAAGGUCGAGUUUGAGAAGCCCCUGAUCCUUCUCUCCGAGAAGAAGAUCUCGUCGGCCAUGGACCUCAUCCCCUCGCUCGAGCUCUCCAACCAGCUCCGCCGCCCUCUCGUCAUCAUCGCCGAGGACAUUGACGGCGAGGCUCUGGCUGUGCUCAUCCUGAACAAGCUCCGCGGCCAGCUCCAGGUCUGCGCCGUCAAGGCCCCCGGCUUUGGCGACAACCGCAAGUCGAUCCUUGGCGAUCUCGCCGUUCUCACCAACGCCACCGUCUUCUCCGAGGAGCUCGACGUCAAGCUGGACAAGGCCACGGUCGAUAUGCUCGGCUCGACCGGCUCUAUCACCAUCACCAAGGAGGACACCAUCAUCCUCAACGGCGAAGGCAGCAAAGACUCGAUCGCCCAGCGCUGCGAGCAGAUCCGUGGCGUCAUGAGCGACCCCACGACCUCGGACUACGAGAAGGAGAAACUCCAGGAGCGUCUUGCCAAGCUUUCUGGCGGCGUCGCCGUCAUCAAGGUUGGCGGCUCAUCCGAGGUGGAGGUGGGCGAGAAGAAGGACCGCUUCGUCGAUGCCCUCAACGCCACCCGCGCUGCUGUCGAGGAGGGCAUCCUCCCCGGAGGUGGCACUGCGCUGAUCAAGGCGUCGUGCAACGCGCUCAACGACGUCAAGACGACAAACUUUGACCAGCAGCUUGGUGUCACCAUCAUCAAGAACGCCAUCACCAAGCCGGCGCGGACAAUUGUCGAGAACGCCGGCCUCGAGGGCUCCGUCAUUGUCGGCAAGCUUACCGACGAGCACGCGGCCGACUUCAACAAGGGCUUCGACAGCUCCAAGGGCGUGUACGUCGACAUGAUCAAGGCCGGCAUCCUCGACCCCUUCAAGGUUGUCCGGACUGGUCUGGUCGAUGCCAGCGGCGUUGCCUCGCUCCUCGGCACAACCGAGGUGGCCAUUGUCGAGGCCGAGGACAAGAGCGGCCCGCCGGCGGGUGGCAUGGGCGGCAUGGGCGGCAUGGGCGGCAUGGGCGGCAUGAUAGCUACCGUCGCCCCGGAGAGCAUAGAGGCGUUCAACGAGCUCAAGAUCAACAAGAAGUACAAGUACAUCAUCUACAAGCUCGACGACGAGAACAAGAACAUCGUUGUCGACAGCACCAGCGAGGAUGAUGAGACUGAAGACUACGACAACUUCCGCGAGAAGCUGGUGAAUGCGACGACCAAGAGCAAGACGGGCGCUAUCGGCAAGGGUCCCCGCUUCGCCGUCUACGACUUUGAGUACCAGCUCGCUUCCGGCGAGGGCAUCCGCAACAAGAUCGCCUUCAUUGCCUGGUCGCCGGACGAUGCCGGAAUCUUUGCCAAGAUGAUAUACGCCUCGUCCAAGGAGGCGCUCAAGCGCUCGCUCAACGGCCUCGGCCCCGAGUUUCAGGCCAACGACGAUGACGACGUCGAGUACGAGACGAUAAUCAAGUCGGUCAGCAAGGGCGAGGCCGCCGUAUAA